UUGAUUGGACGACUCCACCAUUUGGAAUAUCAGCAAAGCUGGGGUCGAAUCGGAAGACCUAGUAUUGGGUAUCACCUUCCCGUCUAAUCGUUCGCCUUUAGUGUUGCCCAGGAUCUGUCUGACGUAUGUGGUGGGAAAGUCAUCUGAAGGGUUUAUGGUGCCAGCCUUGCGCACCCUUCUGACCUUCACAUCCACCUUUCGACCGCCUGGCUUUGCGAUCAUGGGCGACGUUACUAAUACGCCUGGAUGGUCUAACGACAGAGGACCACAGGUUGUGGCCGUCAGUUCUGCUUGUAUUGGGCUUCUGUCGCUCGCCGUCGGGCUCAGAGUGUAUGCGCAGGGUCUGAUGAUGAACCCUUUGAAGAAAUGGGACACAUGGUUUACCAUCAUCGCCGCAGUCAUGGCCAUAGCCAUCGGAUCCCUACUCAUUCACUCCGUAACCCAUUUUGGGCUGGGGAAGCAUACUUUCUGUGUUAUUGCGGAAGAUCCUUUGCCCCCAGACAAUCUUGCGAAUAUCUUCAAAGUAGGCAAACCACCCUAUUUCACCGUUCAGACACCCAAGACAGCUGUUAACGUGUCAAAGUUUGGAUAUGUACAAAUUACGAUCCAAGCAGCGUGCCUCAUGUUUGUCAAGCUUGCAAUAUUGUCGCUCUACGUCCGGCUCUUCGGUAUGAUGAGACGUGACAAACUCUUCACAUGGGGCGUUUAUAUCCUCUUCACCUUCAGCGUACUAUUGGGGGUUGGAUCCGUCAUCGAGUUCAUAUGCAAUGUAUCCCGGCGGAUGUGUUCUGGAAUCGAAUAUACCUCCUGUUCCCGGAGAGGCCCCCGCGUGGCCGAACAGAAGGUUACUGUCGCCAUUAUGCUGCUUCCAGCGCGGAUUCUAUGGGGCUUGCAGCUCCCCAUGCGGAAGAAGAUCGGUUUAGGCUUCACCUUUAGGCUUGGAAUCUUCGUGUCAGUCACGAAUGUUGUUCGCGUUUCAUACUACGCCAAAAUCACCGUUGGUGGAGAUAUCGCUUGGGAUAACAUCGAUGCUAUGCUUUGGACAAUCGUUCAGAUGUGCUUCGCCAUUGUUGCGGCAUGUAUUCCUCCGUCGGCGCCGCUCUUGAGAGUCUGCAUGGGUAGUCGCGAAAACACCAUGCGGGGGAAAUAUAGGUCGAGACUCGGUAGCAACUCCCGGGAGGAGACUAUCUUGCGAACCGCAGCAAUUCAUCCUGGAUCAAGGGAAAGCCAUCAGCUCGAUCCAUAUGCGUAUUGCAAACUCCUCGUCCCGCGCCUCAGCAUCUUUCACAUAACCCCCGGGUAG